GACUUCCGUAUUGCGCGGGUGGGUCUGUCAGUCAGAUCAGCUGACCAACUUCCGCAACAAAAACACGUGACGCCCGCUGGCACAUGACACUUUGACGCAAGCGUCAUGGCUGCAAGACCAGGACCUGUCUAUUGGCUGGGUAAGGACACCCUCAGGGUUUCUGCUGCCCUGUUUGCUGAGAACCGCCGGCGGCUGUGCCACGGGUUAAGGGCCAAAGAAGGGUUGGUGGCCGGGUCAAUGGUGGUGCUGCAGGGAGGAGAGCAAAGACAGAGAUACUGCACAGACACAGACAUCCUCUUCAGACAGGAGUCCUUCUUCCACUGGGCUUUUGGAGUGACUGAGGCUGACUGCUUUGGAUCCAUCAAUGUGGACACAGGAAAAUCCAUUCUCUUUGUCCCCAAACUACAUGAAAGCUAUGCAACAUGGAUGGGAGAGAUCCAUCCUAAGGAGCACUUCAAAGAGAAAUAUGCUGUUGAUGAGGUGCAAUACACCUGUGACAUCGCUGAUGUCCUGUCCAACCUGAAACCAGCUGUCCUCCUGACAUUGCGAGGACAGAAUACGGAUAGCUGGAGUAUCUGCCGUGAAGCCUCCUUUGAAGGAAUCAGCCGCUUCCAAGUAAACAACACGCUUUUGCACCCGGUCAUUGUGGAAUGCCGCCUGAUUAAAACAGAUAUGGAGCUGGAAGUCCUACGCUACACUAACAAGAUUUCAAGUGAAGCCCACAAAGUGCUCAUGAAGCAUGUGAAACCUGGACAGAAGGAAUAUGAAAUGGAAAGUCUGUUCCAGCACUACUGCUCUACCCGAGGAGGCAUGCGCCACACGUCAUACACUUGCAUCUGCGGAACGGGCAACAAUUCCUCCGUUCUACACUACGGCCAUGCUGGAGCUCCCAAUGACAAGACUAUUGAAGAUGGAGACAUGUGUUUGUUUGAUAUGGGUGGAGAGUACUACUGCUACUCCUCAGACAUCACCUGCUCUUUCCCAGCCAACGGCAAGUUCACUCCAGACCAGAAGGGCAUCUACGAGGCAGUGCUCAAGUCUUCCCGAACUGUGAUGGCCGCCAUCAAACCAGGUGUGAUGUGGACAGACAUGCACCGCCUGGCAGACCGGGUCCAUCUGGAAGAGCUGUUGAAGAUCGGUAUCCUGAAGGGCAGCGUGGAGGACAUGUUGAAGGUCCAUCUGGGUUCUGUCUUUAUGCCCCACGGGCUGGGACACCUGCUGGGCAUUGAUGUGCACGAUGUGGGAGGCUACCCUGAGGGCACGGAGAGGGUCAACGAGCCUGGGCUAAAGAGUCUGAGGAUGGGCCGCCCGGUGCAGGAGCGGAUGGUCCUUACCGUCGAGCCUGGAAUCUACUUCAUCGACCACCUGCUGGACCAGGCCCUGGCUGACCCUGCCCAGAACUGCUUCAUCAACAACCAAGUGCUGGCUCGCUUCCGUGGCUUUGGAGGGGUGCGUAUUGAGGACGACAUCGCAGUGACCGCUAACGGCAUAGAGCUGCUGACCUGUGUCCCCCGCACCGUGGAGGAGGUGGAGGCUUGCAUGGCCGACUCCGAAAAACCCUUCAGCCCGAUCAUCAGCAGUGAGAAAUUCUGAGAUGGCAUUCCAUUAAUUCUAAGCUAUUGCUGCCUUUCUGAGGUUAAGUCUCAGGGCAGAGGGAAAGAUGAUAUUCUAAAGGAAAAUGUAAGCAUUUUGUUCAAUAUCCUCAUAUCAAGCUCUGCAAUCCAGACCAUCUGUCACUUGUAACACAAUAGAGGCAGGAAAUAUUCAGUGUUAACCAGGCUAUCUCUUUCAAAGUUGAGAGAGCAGAAAAAUUGAUACCACCAAUGCAUGUUGAACCUAACAGCUUGCACAAUCAUACUACGGCUGCUUAAGAGAGAUAACAUUUAUUUUACGGUUUAAAAAGUUGUUAAGCAUUGACUAUUUUAUGCCUCCUAGUGAAUUACUUUUUUAAUUUUUUAAAUAUUGUGAAAUUCAAUAAAAUUUGCAAAUUUGCCUA